GUCAGCGCAGCGCGCGGCCAGUCCAGGUAGGAGCAGGCAGUCGUAGCGCCGCGGUACGCCGAGCACCACCACAGCCCCCCCGCGCGCCGGUCCGGUCCAUGUAGAGCGCGCGCCAGCCGGAGGGGGAAGUUGUCCCCGAGCGCCGUGCACGAUGGCCAAGCCCCGGGUCGUGAGCCUCGACGAUGAGCUCAAGAAGAACCCCUCCCUCAAGAGGGAGCACGUCGACCAGCUGCGGGAGUGGGUCCGCAAGCAGCCCCACCUGCCCGAGGUUCCAGACCACAUGCUGGUGCUGUUCCUGGCCUGCAGCGACUGCCUGACGGAGAGGGCCAAGGUCACCCUGGAGGCGCACUACACCAUCAAGACGCACGCCCCCGAGUUCUUCGGACACCGCGACCCACUGCACGACGACAUCCAGAACAUCCUCAACAUCCUGGAGAUGACUAUCCUCCCGGAGCCAGACCGCAAGGGCAACCGCAUCUUCGUCGGCCGCCUGUCCAACACGGACCCCGCGCAGUACAACUUCAUCGCGGCCGUCAAGGCCAUGCAGCUGGUCAUCGAGACGAGCCUGCGCGAGGAGGGCACGGCGCCCGGCUACGUGUUCGUGUACGACCAGCGGGGCGUGCAGCUGGGCCACGUGGCCCGCAUGCCGCUGUCGGCCGUGCGCAAGUACCUCACUUACAUCCAGGAGGGCCUGCCCAUCAAGAUGAGGGCCAUUCACAUCGUCAACCUGAACCCCGUGGGCGAGCGCUUCCUCAACAUGGUCAAGCCCUUCAUGAAGAAGGAGCUCUACAACUUGCUCAACUUCUACUCGGGCGGCUACGAGGGCCUCUACGAGCACAUCUCCAAGUCGUCGCUGCCCCGGGACUACGGCGGCACCCAGGACACGAUGCUCACCCUCCACCACCUCCAGAAGAGCAAGGUGGAGGCGCACCGCGAGUGGUUCCUCAAGGAGCCGACCCUCCGCGUCGAUGAGGCGAGGAGGCCGGGCAAGCAGCAAAGCGCCGGAUCCGUCUUCGGCAUGGAAGGGUCCUUCAAGAAGCUCGAGCUCGACUGAUUUUACAAGACUCGUGAUGAUCACGAGUGUGAUGGCACCUUUGGGCUACUACUAAGCUGGCUCGGGCGCGGCGAGUCUCUUUUUUUGUUGUCUAUUUUAAAUAAACUACUGCAUUCCA